AUGAACCCCCUUGCUCGUCUGCUCUUCCGGACGACACGGUCAAAUUCACGAUUACAUCUAGAGUGUAUUCAAAAGUGUCGCUCUCAAACCGUCCGUGAUUUAUUUUAUCAUCGAUAUUACACGCGUUUGGGCUCGUCAUGGUUAGCAAACAGAAGAUACCUCAACAUCGAUGCCAAUAGCAAGGUGGACGCGAAACCAGACCCAUAUUUGCAACAGCCACAGCGACCGAGGUUCCAGAGCAGAAGCGAGAUGUACAGAGCAAAGAAUAGAGCUCUGUUGAUGUAUGGUACCGCAGUCGUCGUGGCAACGUUAGGCGUGACCUAUGCUGCAGUUCCACUUUAUCGAAUGUUCUGUGCAGCUACCGGUUUUGCCGGAACGCCCAAUGUCGGUACAGGUCGGUUCGACCCUGAGCGCCUGGUCCCCGUUGAAGAGGCACGAAGAAUAAAAGUACAUUUCAACGCGGAUAGAAGCGAGCAGCUUCCCUGGAGCUUCAAACCACAACAAAAAUAUGUCAGUGUGUUACCGGGGGAGACGAGUCUUGCGUUUUACACGGCGAAUAAUGAGAGCAAACAAGACAUUAUUGGAAUUGCGACUUAUAAUGUUACACCGGAUAGGGUAAGACGCGUACCGCCCUGUUUUGGGACGGAUCGAUCUCGCCAAUUUUUCAAUCGAUACUUACUUUUUUACUGAUCAAUUUCUGGCAGGUUGCACCCUACUUUUCCAAAGUUGAAUGUUUUUGCUUUGAAGAGCAGAAACUGCUAGCGGGAGAAGAGGUGGACAUGCCUCUCCUGUUUUUCAUCGACAAAGACAUACUCGAUGACCCUUCAUGUCGGAAUGUAGACUCAGUCGUGCUUUCGUACACGUUCUUCCGGGCAAGGCGAAACAAGUAUGGCCAGCUGGAGCCUGAUGCAGGGGAGGAGGAAGUACAGGAAUCAUUAGGUUUUGGGAAGUAUGAACAUGCACCGAAGGUUGAAGACAGACGCGAAAAAACAAGGAGCGAGUAGACAGUACAACUAGACGCUGAGCGUUAAAUGACAAAAAAUGAUGAUCACACGUGGACAGGACCACAGCCA